CCUUCCCUUGUCGUUCCGCCUGACUUGGCUCAGGUUUCACUUUGUUGUGGAGGAGGCAGCGUGGCGCAUCUUCUCGACUUCUGAAUGUGGUGCACUGCAGCUCUGUUUUCCGUUGUGCUUGGUGAAGACUUGGGUUCCUCUUCAUCAUGGGGGGGGUUGUCACCCUGGUGGAGCCGGUGGUGAUCCUGAACAGCAUUGGCUGCUCUUUUUAUGACACGGCAUUGACCAUGGUGGUCUACGGCUACUCGAACAGGACAGCUGGUGGCCACAGCAGCGAAGCUCAGGUCCUCUCUGCCCGCUUCUUCCUGGUCUAUGACACGCUGACCUGCCUGACCUCUCUGCUGUCCACUGCGUUUCUUGGCAGGCUGGCCGACUCCCGAGGUCAGAAGCUUCUGCUGGUGGUUCCACAGGUGGGAUCCAUCCUGGGGAAGAUGUUCCUGCUCCUUCUGCUGCUCCUGCGCCUGCCCCUGUACACGUUGCACGUUGGGGCCGUUGUGCAUGGCCUGUGUGGCGGCUCCUCGGCCUACUGGAGUGGCAUCGACUCCUUAACUGCUCUCAAGUCGGCACUGAAGACACGCAGCUUGAGGCUGAACUCGGUAGACUUCUUCUCAGGGGUCGCCGGCAUGGUUGGUGGCUUUGUGUCCGGCUACAUCUACCAGGUGAAGGCGUAUGAUGGAGAGAUGGGCAUCACCUCGACACUGGUGGGCUUGCUUGUCAUUGGUGCGGCCCUUUUGUAUUCGGUUUUCUUCCUCAUUUACCCUGCGGCUGGACUCAGUGGAAGUAGCAGCAACAGCGGCAGCGAUGGUCAGCUCGCCCCCUCUGGACCAGCAGAGCCUGACAAGAUGGCAGUGGUCCUGCUCUUCCUGUCCAUGGUCCUCUUUGUCUUGGGCAUGGCCGGGGCCGAGAACGUGCUCAGCCUAUUUGUGCUCAAGCCUCCCUUGAACUGGGAUUCGGUUUGGGUGGGCUACGGCCAGGCGGCCACCAACAUGAUGUACGUCACCAGUUUCCUUGGCGUGCUGCUCCUGUCUCGCUACAUCAGUGACACGGCUCUCAUCCUGCUGGGCAUCGUGUCCAACUGCACGGGCAUGGCCAUGAUGGCGUUUGCACGGCACAGCUGGCUCUACUUCCUUGCACGAGGGGUCAUGAUGUUCGCCUGUGUCCCUAUGCCCACCAUCCGGUCGCAGCUUUCCAAGCUUCUUCACGCUCACACUUACGGGCGUGCGUUUGGUGGUCUUCAGUCCUGCCUGGCAGUGACCAGCCUGCUGUCCACACUGCUCUUCACCAACGUGUAUCCUCUGACACUCCAGUGCUUCAGCGGCUCCUGUUUCCUGCUGUCGGCCAUCAUCAGCUAUCUCAGCGCCAUUCCGGUGCUGUACCUGAACUGCAGACGGGCUGAGCCCCGCUACAUGAGGAUCUCUGGCAGGGACAAUCCAGAGGGGCCCGCUGUUGCAGAAACAUCCUGAGGACCCCUUGAGUGAGUAUGGACUGGCACCAGAUGGGCCUGAGGCUUUGUACCCAACUGGAAGGGUGACUGAUAAGAGAGAUGGGAAAGGCGCCAUCAAAAGUGGCCAUUUGUCCUCUGUACCUGUCCUUUCAUCAACCCAAGGAGCUGUAGACUAUUAGCACCUGUCCAUUAAUCCACCCAUCCACUACAGAGUUCUGGAGAGCCUGUCAUUUCUGCAGCUGGCAUGCCAGUCUAUGGGAGAGCACUGAAUAUACAUGGGAAGCAGACAAUGACUGACUGGGGAGCCUUCAGCAGCAUCUCCAUCAGGUUUGCCCAUCUGGACAGCACAUUGUCCUUCGUUCAGCACCUUCAGGAGAGAUGAGGAGCAUUGGCGCCCCCUGGUGCUGCACUAAGGUGUAGACUUCAGCCUUUUCAGUGUUCCUCCAUGUCACAGUCCUGCUUGAAAAGGAUUCUUCUCCUAGGUGGUCUUCGAGUCUCUGGAUUGGCAGCAGCAGGAUUUUG